AUGGAGCGGGCGGGCACCCGACGCGGAGCGACGGAACGUCCGCGACCGCGGCCGCCCCUGUGCGCGCUGCGGCUGCCGCCUCUCCUGCUGCUGCUGCUGCUGCUGCCGGGCCCAGCGGCCUGCCACCUGCGGUUCGCGGUGCCGGAGGAGCGGGCACCCGGGUCUCUCGUGGGCGACGUGGCCAGCGCGCUGGGGCUGGAGCUGCGGCGCCUGGGGCCGGGCUGUCUGCGCAUCAACCAUCUGGGCGCGCCCAGCCCGCGCUACCUGGAGCUGGACCUGGCGAGCGGAGCGCUCUUCGUCAACGAGCGCAUUGACCGCGAGGCGCUGUGCGAGCAGCGGCCGCGCUGCCUGCUCAGCCUGGAGGUGCUGGCGCACAGCCCCGUGGCGGUGAGCGCGGUCGAGGUGGAGGUACUGGACAUCAACGACAACUCGCCGCGCUUCCCGCGGCCGGACUACCAGCUUCAGGUAAGCGAAUCGGUGGCGCCGGGAGCGCGCUUUCACAUAGAGAGCGCGCAGGACCCCGACGUGGGCACUAACUCCGUGCAGACCUACAAGCUCAGCCCCAGCGAGCACUUCGAGCUGGACCUUAAACCCCUGCAGGAGAACAGUAAGGUGCUGGAGCUGGUGCUGCGAAAGGGGCUAGACCGUGAGCAGGAGGUCUUGCACCACCUGGUUCUCACAGCUGUGGAUGGAGGCAGUCCCGCCCGCUCGGGCACGGCCCAGAUCUCUGUGCGUGUCCUGGACACUAACGACAAUUCCCCUGCCUUCGACCAGUCCACCUACCGCGUUCAGCUUCGGGAGGACGCGCCUCCAGGCACAUUGGUGGUGAAGCUGAAUGCCUCUGACCCUGACGAGGGUUCCAAUGGCGAGCUCAGGUACUCCCUGAGCAGCUACACGUCAGACCGGGAGAGGCAGCUCUUCAGCAUCGACGCCAGCACGGGGGAAGUGCGGGUAAGUGGAGUGCUGGAUUAUGAGGAAGCCUCUUCCUACCAGAUCUAUGUGCAGGCCACCGAUCGGGGUCCAGUGCCCAUGGUGGGUCACUGCAAGGUGCUGGUGGACAUAGUGGACGUGAAUGAUAAUGCACCAGAGGUGGUGCUCACAGACCUGUACAGCCCAGUGCCCGAGGAUGCUGCCCUCAACACCGUGGUGGCCCUUCUCAGCGUCAAUGACCAGGACUCAGGCCCCAACCGGAAAGUGAGCUUGGGCCUGCAGGCCACACUGCCUUUCCGACUGAAUGGCUUCGGAAACUCUUACACACUGGAGGUGAGUGGCCCACUGGACAGGGAGCGGAUGGCUGCCUACAACAUCACAGUGACAGCCACUGACGGGGGAGUACCACAGCUCACAUCCCAGCGGACACUGCAGGUCGAGGUCUCAGACAUCAAUGACAACUCCCCAAGCUUCCUGAAGGACUCCUACUCCGUCUACAUCCAGGAGAACAAUUUGCCAGGGGUGUUGCUCUGCACUGUGCAAGCCACAGACCCAGAUGAAAAGGAGAACGCAGAGGUGACUUACUCCCUCCUGGAGAGGGAGAUUCAAGGGCUGCCCGUCACCUCCUAUGUCUCCAUUAACAGUGCCAGUGGCAGCCUUUAUGCUGUUAACUCCUUUGACUAUGAGAAGUUUCGGGAGUUCUUUGUGGCUGUGGAGGCCCAGGACAAGGGAAGCCCACCUCGGAGCAGCACUGUGACCGCCAAUGUGUACGUGGUGGACACGAAUGACCAUGCCCCUCUCAUCUUGUACCCUACCUCAACCAAUUCUUCAGCAGCCAUUGAAAUGGUGCCUCGAACUGCCUCUGCUGGCUACCUGGUCACCAGAGUCAUAGCCAUGGACUCAGACUCUGGGCAAAAUGCUUGGCUCUUUUACCAUCUGGUACAGACUUCUGACCUGGACCUUUUUAAAGUAGAGCUACACACAGGAGAGAUUAGGACUACCAGGAAGGUGGGAGAUGAGAGUGGAACCACUUUCAACCUGACCGUGGUGGUCCGAGACAACGGAGAGCCAUCCCUCUCUGCUUCUGUGGCCAUCACAGUGGCUGUGGUGGAGAGGGUUUCCAGAAUCCUCCCUGAUACUCACAGACAUGUUAAGAGUUCUCGGACAUACUCUGAAAUUACACUUUAUCUAAUAAUAGCAUUAAGCACAGUGUCUUUUAUAUUUCUUUUGACAAUCAUUUUUUUGAGCAUCGUCAAGUGCUACCGCUACACUACGUAUGGCACUGCGUGCUGUGGCGGCUUCUGUGGAGUGAGGGAGCGGUGCCCCGCAGAACUGAGCAAACAGGCCAAUAACAACAUUGAUGCCAGGAUACCACAUGGCCUCAAAGUGCAGCCUCACUUCAUUGAGGUGCGAGGGAACGGCUCCCUCACCAAGACCUACUGCUACAAGGCCUGUCUGACAGCAGGUUCAGGGAGCGACACCUUCAUGUUUUACAACACAGGGGCACAGACAGGACUGGGGCCUGGGGGAGCACAAGCAGCCGUGAGUGACAGCAGGCACCUCACAGGCCAAAGUGGGCAGACUGCCGGGAACCUGAUUAUUCUCAAAAAUGAGCCUAUUUCUCAAAAUGAGCCACGACAGCCCAACCCUGACUGGCAACCAGAGGCAGGAGAGGUCUCACCUCCAGUCGGUGCUGGUGUCAACAGCAACAGCUGGACCUUUAAGUACGGACCAGGCAACCCCAAACAAUCUGGUCCCGGUGAGUUGUCAGACAAAUUCAUUAUCCCAGGAUCUCCUGCAAUCAUCUCUAUCCGGCAGGAGCCUACUAACAGCCAAACUGACAAAAGUGACUUCAUAACCUUCGGCAAAAAGGAAGAGACCAAGAAAAAGAAGAAAAAGAAGAAGGGUAACAAGACCCAGGAGAAAAAAGAGAAAGGGAACAGCACGACCGACACCAGUGACCAGUGAGGUCAUCUAAUGGAAACAAGCCACUUAGCCAGUUUUCUAAUAAUGGCAAAUCUCUCCCAUGUAGCAACUCCCACCUCCCUUCUCCUACCCCACGAGCCCUCUCUUAGAGACCUCAGACAUCUGCACAAAGUUCCCUGUGUCUGUCUAGAUCGCAUUUAACAGAACAGGUUUUGUCUUAAAAGCUUUACCAAGUCUGGUGUUAACUCUUUUCUCUCCACUCUGGCUUGUUUUCAGAACCUAAAAAGCAGACCCAAGGUUCCUUUCUCCUCCGCCGCAAAGGAGAAGCUUCCCAGCCCCGCCAGUGAGAGGUUGGACUCUCUGCCCUGUGCUCCGGGGAUCCUGUCUUGAUGACACUUGCAGGGCAGGCGGAAAGGUUUUGAGAUUGAGCAGCCUGGGUAUCCAGGGCCACUGGGUUGUGUGGCCGCCGGCGUGCGUGAGUGCCAGAUGUGGGCUGGGGUGGGCGAGAUUAGACUAGUUGGUGCAAGGGGGGGGGCUGGUAAACAGAAUCAAAGGCAAGUAAACAGAGGGAGUGACUGAUCUGGAGGGGAAACAUGAAAAAACUAAAAGGAACCAGACUUUCUAAAUCUGACAACUCAAGAGGCAGUGGCCAGCCUCCAGCAGACAAAACCACCCCCACUGACAAAACUUUAGAAGUCCUGAAGUCUGUUGGCUGUGGAGUCAUUAUGCCUAAAAUGCAUUGUGCCUACAAGCCAACGGUUCAGCGUUAAACGGGGGCCAGCCGGGGCAGCAGAAGCAGAUCUGAUGUGCUUGCCGUGUAUGUCCUGUGCUCGCUUUAUUAAAAAUUCUUUUGCACACAAUGUUUAUGAAAAGGCCGGGUCCUUUUCCAGCAACACAUAUGCAAAAGCAAAAGCAAAAAGAAAACCCCAACACCUCACUUUAUGCUGUUUGUUGUUUGAUAGAUUUAUUUCAAAAAGAGAAAGUCUCUAACUAUAAAUCUUUAAAAGAAAUAUGAUAAAUACAAUUCCCCUAAACUCUCCUCAAAAGAGAAUUCAGUCUACAGCCAUUUAAAUGAUCAUUGCUGCUACAGAAGUGCUUUAAGAGAAUUGCCUGAAACCAUCUGUAUUAUACCGGCCACCUGCCAAUCACAGCUUUACUCUUUCAGGUCACUCUGGGGCUGCCUCUUGCAUGUAUUGAUUACUAAAUUAAAGGAUCUUUCUCUCUCUCUUUUCUAAGAAACAAUUAUGUGCACUUUGAAUACACAACCUUCUCUAGCCAACUGUAUCAAGACCGAGAAAUUAAAGAAAAAUACUGUUUUCUCAUACAUACAGUGAGCCGACUUUUCAAUCCUCUAAUUCUGUGAUUUGUCUUGGUGUGCUAGCCUACACCUUCUCUUUGGUUUAGUUUUCCUUUUCUAUGACACUCUGAAUUGCUAAUCUUGCUAACACCUAUGAUGUUACCUGAAUUCAAUCUCCCAUAUGUAUGCUGUAUGCUAUUAUAAGACUCCUGAAAUAUACUUACUCUGUGCUUGUGUAUGUGAAUGUUAAUGCAACUAUUACCUAGAGUGAACUUUAAGCUUUAUUGUUGAAUGUAAUUCCAUUAUAUUCCUUUUGUACACCUGUGAAAAAGUGGAGUAGUGGUUUUUUUUUUAACCAUUGUUAAUCAGCUUUUGUGUAUGAAAGACACAGUAAAAUUUCUUUCUUAAAUCAAGAUACUGGUGAUUCAAGGAAUUUUAUUUGUGGUCAGCCAUGAGCCGUCUCUUGCCAAGACUCCUGCUGGCAAGGGAAUGGAUAAAGCUGUUUUUUCCUAGUAACAAUUCUGGAAUGAAUACCGAAGAUAUUCUCUGAGGGUGUGCAAGCACAAAAUUUACCAACCUGGCCUCUUUGAAGGCGCAGAAUGCUUUGAAAUUCUAAUGCUAUCUGGAAUAUCAGCUCAUAGAGAAUAAUAAAAUUUGCUGUCACCUUAAAUAAGAAAUCUUAAUUUUUGUUAAAAUGUACAAUUUAGAAGUUUGAUUACUUAUAUUUUAAAAGUUGACAUAAAAGAGGUAGGAGUCUGUUAUUAAAACAAAAGCAUUAAAUCUCAGAAAAAAAAACCUGUGUUGUCUACUUUUAGCUUCAUUCUCCCAUAUUUUGAAGGGUGUGUAACUUCAGCUCUGCAGGAUUGCAUGGGGUAAAACUUGUUGCCAACACAUGAACCAUUGCUACAUUGUAGGUUGUGAUCAUUUUGCCCCACUGAAACCCAUGUACCUGACCUUACGUGCCUUUGGAAUACUAGGAGAAUCGGGCUAAUUUAAUAAUGAUGAUGAUUAUAAUGUAUUUGUACAGCACUUGUACAUUUGCAGAGUGCUUUCCAAUCCAUGUUAGUUACUAGUUAUUACAGCUGUAAGGAUAAAACACGUCGUGUGGAUUCAUUUUUAAUUGGUGCUAUUGGUAUUUCUCCUGUUAUUGCUAAUAAAUGGAAAAUGGUGGUAUGAAA